CAGGUUCAGUUCUCGAUUACCCCUGGUGUUGCGCGAAUCGUUCCACGACAGCUAAAAAAUUGAUCCCACAAAACCACAGUCGAUAUUAAUUAACACACAUUUUCGGUUGAUUGAUUUCAAUUUAGUGUCGGGAUAUAGAAAGCAGGAAUAUUGAGCUGUCUAGCAAUCGUGCCACGGCUAGUGAUUUGGAGAUUUACACAAAGUGAUAAAUGCAUUUGAUUAGCGCCGAGUAGCUGCCUGCCGAUUAUGAAGAUUAAUCUAGCUGUCUAUUUGCUGGUGUGUGCGCUACUCUUGAUAGUAUAUGUAGAAGCUAAAAGUUCACCAUGCCCAUCGGUGUUCAGCUAUGACGAACAGGAAGACACCUCGGACACAUGGUACGGGACUCUGCGUCUCAAAACGAGCGUCGCGUUGCAUGGCAUCUUCAUCGACGUCAUCUUCGAUGGGCAGGUGUUUGUCUUUGGGGCAUAUUUCAAAGAUGUGACCACCAAGGAUAAUCUCCACUUCCACAUCGAGGACAAGACUUAUCGGUUGAAUACUGGAGAAACGUUGAUUUUGAAAUUUUACGUGAAAUACCACGAGCAUGGAACGGUACCGAUGCUACGACAAAUACGCUUCAACGGGCAAAACAUCUGUGUGGAUGAAUCAAAUAGGGCCACGAUUUCGGAAAAACCUACCGUGAUUAAAAGUUUUGAAAAACCGGUUACGUUACAGGAAGUUGGAAAUCAAUCGAAACUUGAAUCCAAUCUAGGGAAUCAUCAUUCAUUCCAAACGGUUCAACCAAUCAACUCAGGAACUCCUCAACGAGAUUCAGCGCUGUCUAGUAGAAACCAUCCCACAUCAUCUACUACUUCGGCUUCUCUAAAAAGUAGCACAUUGAGACUUGAACCUGUGUACCAGAAUGUGAAAAGUUUUACGAAUGCUCCCGCCAUUGAAUCGAGUUUUGUCCAGACAACUCCCUCAGAGAGAACUGACCAACACAGAAGGACUCAAGAAUCAGCUCAUCCCACGAAACUAUAUGACCCGAUCCAGGAUCCAACGAUUUGGAAGAAACCAACCGGAGGUUCCACCGAAAGAACAACUCCAGCUACCCAUAAGGACCAUUUGUAUGUCGGAGGUCUUAGGAAUACAGGAUCUGUUUUAAUGGGUAGAAUUUCCACUGAUCCUCCAACAGUUCAAGUUGACAGAAGUUCAGGGGCAGCAGAAAUAUCGGGAUUUUUUGAAAGUGAUUACCACCAUCAGCAAACGAGGACAACGACAACGAGAAAACCAACCUUUUUUCAAGGCGAUUAUGCUUUUAUUAAAAAUCCGGAAACAACGACCCACUACAUCAAUUCUUUCGAUGAUGACAUUUGUGGAACCAUCGUUCCUAAGGCUAAUCCACUGGUGACUCACGGAAACACAGCUCAGGCUUCUCAAUUCCCCUGGCAUGGUGCUCUGUAUCGAUCGACGGUGACCGAGCUGAAGUACCUUUGUGGAGCUACUGUUGUAUCGAAGCGGAUUGCCAUCACUGCGGCUCACUGUGUUGCUCAUGAUAAAAGUAGCGAUCCAAUCGAUCCCGGCAGUUUGUUGCUGUAUUUGGGAAAAACGAAUCUCAAAAAGUGGACCGGACCGGAACAGGAUGCCAAAAUCGAUCGGAUUCACAUCCAUCCCGAUUAUAACUAUCGAAGAUUUUUUGCGGAUAUUGCCGUACUGCGACUUCGGAACGACGUGAAGUUUACCCAUUUCAUUAGACCGGCCUGUUUGUGGAAUUUUGAUGAAGACUACAAGGUUCUGAUCAAUAAGGUGGGAUUUGUUCCGGGAUGGGGAUACAACGAGCAGGGUCUCGUUAGUGAAGAACUGUCUUAUGCUCAAAUGCCAGUUGUAGCUCAUGAAACCUGCAUAUGGUCAAACAGGGACUUCUUCAGCAAGGUGACCUCCAAUACGUCGUUUUGCGCUGGCUUCAGGAAUGGGACAUCCGUAUGCAACGGUGAUAGUGGUGGAGGCAUGGUAUUCAAGCAGAACAACCAUUGGUAUUUGCGUGGGAUUGUUUCUGUCAGUGCUGCGCUGCAGAAUAACGUCAGUUGCGAUACCAACCACUAUGCCGUUUUUACUGAUGUGGCGAAAUUUCUACAGUGGAUUCAGAGUUUCAUGUAAAAUUUUAACCAGGGUUUUAAUCAGCCCUUUAGAUUUUUGGAAAAUAUUAUCAAAUAAACUAACCAAAGUGUCCCUCAAAUAAAUAUAUGAAUACGUAUUACAGUUGUAAUAAAAGGUAACAAACUUA